AUGUCUUACGAUCAACUUUUGAAACGUUACGAGGCCGCCGGCCAAGGUCACCUACUCGACUUUUGGCCCAAGCUCUCCCAGACGGAACAGGCCGCGCUCGCAGCCCAACUGGAGGCGCUUGACAUAGACAGGGUGAACCGCAUCUACAAGCGCGCCGUCGAUGCGGAGAAGGAGCUUGCGGACCCUGCACACGCUGCGGAAACCAUCGAACCACUACCAGAAGAUGCGUUCGAGACCGCUGUCGGACAGCUCGAGAAGGAGAAGUCGUGGAGAGAAAUCGGCUUGAAGGCAAUCGCAAACGGACAGGUGGCCGUGCUUCUUAUGGCCGGCGGGCAAGGAACGCGUCUGGGCAGCAGCGCUCCGAAGGGUUGCUACGAUAUAGGGUUGCCGUCCCACAAGUCGCUCUUCCAGUACCAGGCGGAGCGUAUUGCUCGUUUGCAGGUCGUCGCCCAGGAAGAAUGUGGCAAAGAGAAGGGGUCGGUCAUCAUCCCUUGGUAUAUCAUGACCAGUGGUCCAACGCGAAAGGAAACCGAGGGAUUUUUCACAAAGCAUUCAUACUUCGGCUUGGAUCCCAAGCAUGUUAUCUUCUUUGAGCAAGGUACCCUACCGUGUCUAACCAUGGAGGGCAAGGUGUUGCUCGAAACCCCUUCUCGUGUGGCUGUAGCCCCAGAUGGCAACGGCGGACUGUACGCUGCAACGACUGCUCCUAUCUCGCCUUCAAACUCCUCAACCGUGUUGUCGGACCUCAAAGAGCGCAAGAUCCAAUACAUCCACGCGUACUGUGUCGACAACUGUUUGGUUCGCGUCGCGGAUCCGGUGUUCCUUGGCUAUUGCAUCGGCAAGCAGGCCGACUGCGCCGCGAAGGUUGUUCCAAAGGCCUAUGCUACAGAGUCUGUCGGUGUUGUCGCCCGUCGCGGACAGAAGUUCAGCGUCGUGGAGUACUCGGAGAUCACCAAGGAGCAAGCCGAGCGUCGCGAUGCGGCAGGCGAACUCGCUUUCAGGGCGGCGAACAUCGCCAACCACUUCUACACCACCAGCUUCUUGGAUUCGGUUGAGACGUUUGAGGACCAGCUGGCAUUCCACAUCGCGCGCAAGAAGAUUCCUUACGUCGACUUGCAAACCGGAGAGGUCGUCAAACCAACGAAGCCGAAUGGCAUGAAACUCGAAAUGUUCGUUUUCGACGUGUUUCCAUUCACAAAGCAUUUCGCGGUCCUCGAGGUGGCACGGAACGAGGAGUUCAGUCCGCUGAAGAAUGCCCCAGGGACAGGCGCAGACGAUCCGGACACCAGUCGAAGGGACCUACUUGCUCAGCACAGACGAUUCCUAGAGGCUGCGGGUGCUCAUGUGGAGAAUGGUGUAGAAAUUGAAUUAUCACCGUUGGUGACAUACGCUGGAGAGGGUCUUCAGACGGUUGAGGGCAAAACGUUCACUCGUUCUGGAUGUGUGUCGGAAGUGCACGAGCUGGACACUCUAGUGUAG